CCUUCCGGGGUCACGACCCCGGGGGCUCGCUUCAUUCAGAUUCUAACAUGGCAGCUUCCGCCGUGGGUCGAGCCCUGGCCCUGCGUGCGCGUGGUGCUCAGCAUGUUGCUUUCGUCCGCAGAAUCCCUUGGACCGCGACGACCAGUGAGCUGAGAGAACAUUUUGCUCAGUUUGGCCUUAUAAAAAAGUGUACUGUACCUUUUGACAGAGAGACUGGCUUUCACAGGGGCAUGGGUUGGGUUCAGUUUUCUUCGGAGGAAGAACUUCAGAAUGCACUACAACAAGAAAAUCAUAUUAUUGAUGGAGUAAAGAUCUAUGUUCAAGCUAGGAAACAAAGGGUUUUGCAAGAGGCUCAAACAUCUGAUGAAGAGAAAGACUUCUGAGAUGAUUAUUGUACUAUCCAUUAAAUAAAUGUAACUGAGACUUUU